AUGGCAGAAGAGGGAGCGGUUGUGAUGCAGCAGAUUGUGGACAGACUGUCCCUUGAUACUUUUAGUACGGCGGAGUGGGUGCGUCCGUGCCGCUGCCGUGGUUCAACUAAAUGGGUUCAUCAGUCGUGUCUUCAGCGCUGGGUUGAUGAGAAACAGAGGGGCAACAGCACCGCACGCGUUGCCUGCCCACAAUGCAAUGCUGAAUACCUCAUUGUGUUCCCUAAGCUCGGGCCGGUGGUGUUUGUGCUGGAUCUGGCAGACAGGUUGAUCUCGAAGGCCUGUCCAUUUGCUGCUGCUGGUAUCAUGGUGGGAUCUAUUUACUGGACGGCUGUCACAUACGGCGCCGUGACCGUCAUGCAGGUUGUGGGUCAUAAGGAAGGUCUGGAUGUGAUGGAACGGGCCGAUCCUCUCUUCUUGUUGAUUGGCCUGCCCACCAUCCCAGUUAUGCUAAUUCUGGGGAAGAUGAUUCGCUGGGAGGAUUAUGUGCUCCGCCUCUGGAGGAAAUACUCCAAUAAGCUUCAGAUCCUUAACAGUAUCUUCCCAGGUAUUGGCUGCCCAGUGCCGAGGAUCCCGGCGGAGGCCAGUCCGCUGGCCGAUCACGUGUCAGCCACACGCAUUCUGUGCGGCGCCCUUGUGUUCCCCACCAUCGCCACCAUCGUGGGUAAACUGAUGUUCAGCAGCGUCAACUCAAACCUUCAGAGGACCAUUCUGGGUGGCAUAGCGUUUGUGGCUAUUAAAGGGGCGUUUAAGGUUUAUUUCAAGCAGCAGCAGUAUCUCCGACAAGCUCAUCGCAAGAUCCUCAAUUUCCCUGAGACGGAGGAGGCCUGAGCUCAUCAUCAAACCUCUGCUCGAUUCCAUCCACGUCAUUUUCAUUUCACGCAGCUUUGAGAGACACUACAGGACAUUUUCACAGACGCUGGAUUUGGGUUUUCGUGAAUGUGACUAUUGCGUUUGGCGUUUGAAUAGUGAUUCAGCUUCGUUUCAGUUGAUUUAAUCAGACCUGGGAGUGCGUUACUCAUUUUAUGGGCUUUGACAUUUUAAGAAAGAGACUGAGGAAAAAUAAAUAUUGAAAGAAGGUUUUAUAUUAAUAAGUGGUUGUUUUAUAUUGAAUUAGAAAUGUUCAGGUGAAUCACUAUCUUUCAAAUGAAUCUUUGAAGCAUCCUUAACAUGCAAACGACGACGUGCCGUUUCACAUCUUUUCUUCCUUUAUUAGACUAGUGAAUGCAAUAUUAGAUUCUAAAGGCAAACAGGAAUACGUAAAGCUGUUUUCUCGUAAUUAUCUUAUGAAAUAACCUUUUUUAUCUGGUCUUCUUGGAUGAAUUUCCCCAUUUUCUGUUAUAUUUCACACCAAAAUCAAAAGAAAUAAAUUGCUAAAUUGUCCAACAGAAGUC